AUGAAGCGUUUGCUGUUAUUUGCCCUAUGCAGCCUUUAUCUAUCAAGUUGUGAAUCAAAGUUCGUACCGUAUGAUUAUUCCGCAACCAUAGAGUGUUUACCGCAACCUUUAAAACCACAGUACAAUGGAGGAAUCAUUGUGAACCCUGACCUAAGAGAUGGUCCACAAGCCUGGACACCAUUCGGAAAUGCGAAAGUCGAUUUCAGAGAAAUUGGAAACGAUAAGUUUGUUGUUGCACGAGAUAGGAAGCAAGCUUUUGACAGUGUUUCACAGAAGGUUUAUUUACAAAAAGGACUUCUCUACACUUUCUCUGCUUGGUUACAAGUAAACAAAGGGAAGGCUCCUGUGAAAGCCGUUUUCAAGAAGAACGGUGAAUAUAAGCAUGCCGGUUCGGUUGUUGCUGAAUCCAAAUGCUGGUCCAUGCUCAAAGGUGGUCUCACUGUUGAUGAAUCUGGUCCUGCCGAGCUCUACUUCGAGAGCGACGACACAACGGUUGAGAUUUGGGUUGAUAGUGUCUCGCUGCAACCAUUCACACAAGAAGAGUGGAACUUGCACCAUGAACUAAGCAUUCAAAAGGAGAGAAAGAGAACCGUGAGAAUCAGAGCCGUGAAUAGCAAAGGUGAACCGAUCCCGAAAGCAACCGUUUCCAUAGAACAGAGGAAACUAGGUUUCCCAUUCGGAUGCGAGGUAGAAAAGAACAUACUUGGGAACCAAGCAUACCAAAACUGGUUCACUCAAAGGUUCACUGUGACAACUUUCGCGAACGAGAUGAAAUGGUACAGCACGGAAAACAUUAGAGGCAAAGAAGAUUACUCNACCGCAGACGNAAUGCUGAAAUUCUUCAAGCAGCAUGGUGUCGCGGUACGUGGUCACAAUAUUGUAUGGAACGACCCUAAGUAUCAACUUCAAUGGUUGAAUGCUCNCUCUGGCCGCGAGUUCUACANUGCNGUGAAGNGAAGGGUUUACUCGGUGGCUUCGCGAUACAGAGGCCAGCUUGCNGGUUGGGAUGUUGUGAAUGAGAAUCUUCAUUUUNACUACUUUGAGACAAAGAUGGGUCCUAANGCNUCUUAUAACAUUUAUAAGAUGGCUCAAGCGUACGAUCCAACGACAACUAAGUUUAUAAAUGAGUACAAUACGUUAGAGGAACCGAGGGAUCCGGAUUCGAGUCCAAAAAGGUAUUUGCAGAAGCUUAGAGAGCUUAGAUCUAUUCGAGUCGCGGGAAACAUAUCGUUAGGGAUUGGUCUUGAAUCUCAUUUCAAGACUCCUAGCCUUCCGUAUAUGAGAUCAGCUCUUGACACUCUUGCUGCUACCGGUUUGCCUAUUUGGCUUACUGAGGUCGAUGUCGAAGCUCCUCAAAACGUCCAGGCCAAGUAUUACGAACAGGUCUUAAGGGAAGGCCACGCGCAUNCNCAAGUGAAAGGAAUCGUGACAUGGGCAGGUUAUUCUCCAUCAGGUUGCUACCGAAUGUGCCUGACCGAUGGAAACUUCAAGAACCUACCGACCGGAGACGUAGUGGACAAACUUUUGCAUGAAUGGGGAGGGUUUCGUAGACAAACCACAGGUGUCACUGAUGCUAAUGGAUACUUUGAAGCUUCACUCUUCCAUGGUGAUUAUGAUCUCAAGAUUGAUCAUUCCAAUUCAAAAGCUUCUCACAGCUUUAAGCUGACUUCUGAUGGCUCCUCCAACACUCAACCAUCAUCUUUUGUCUUUCAUCCGUGUCUGAAGAAACCCCCAAGGGCUAAUCAGGAGCAUCAUUGGGUUGGGUUCUUAAGGUCUAAGCAUUGA